AUGAAGUUCCAGAUUACAUCCUUCCGCGCAGCCGCGCUUGUCGCCCUCAUUGCGAGCGCUGAAGCUGCCAAACAUAGCCAUGGCCAGACCCAUAGCCAUGUGGCUUUGGGAAAGAGGAGUGGGAAGUGCGAGUUCCCCUCCGACGCUGGCCUGGUUGAGAUCACCCCCAAUGAGAAAAACGCCGGUUGGGCUAUGAGCCCCGACCAGCCCUGCGAACCUGGUAACUACUGCCCUUACGCUUGCCCUCCCGGUCAGGUGUCUAUGCAGUGGGAUCCCAAGGCGACUUCCUACUCUUACCCUAUGUCCAUGAGAGGUGGUCUGUACUGUGACGAUGACGGCAAAAUCCAGAAACCCUUCCCCAACCGUGACUACUGUGAGUCGGCCACUGGUGUUCUCAAGGCCCACAACAAGGCCGGAAAGUCUGUCUCUUUCUGCCAGACUGUGCUACCCGGAAACGAGGCCAUGCUUAUCCCCACCAUGGUUGAUUCGCUGGCUGAUCUGGCCGUGCCCGGCAUGUCCUACUGGUGCUCCACUGCUGCCCAGUACUACAUUAACGCCCCUGGUGUUAGUGCGGAGGAAGGCUGUGUCUGGGGUACCUCCAAGAACCCUGUCGGUAACUGGUCCCCGUACACCGCCGGUGCCAACACCGACAGCGAUGGCAACACCUUCCUGAAGAUUGGCUGGAACCCUAUCUACCUGGAACCCGCCACACCCUUCCGCAAUGUUAUGCCUGACUUCGGUGUCGAGAUUGAGUGUGAGGGCGACGGCUGCCACGGCCUGCCUUGCAAGAUCGACCCUGCUGUCAACAAUGUCAACGAGAUGGUCGGUAAGCCCUUCACUGGCGCUGGUGGCGCCACCGGCUGCGUCGUGACCAUCCCCAAGGGUGAAACCGCGCACAUUAUCGUCUUCGAGAAGGAGAGUAACGGCAGCACCUCGUCUGAGACCAUCGAGGUUUCCACCAGCACUCCUACCUCCACUAGCACCUCCAGCUCCAGCACUAGCACUAGCACCUCCACCUCGACCCCCACUCCUACCCCAACCAGCACCAGCACCAGCACUACCGAGACCCCCACCUCCACCUCCACAUCUACUCCUUCGUCGACUUCAACCUCGACUCCCACUCCCACUUCUACCUCUAGCUCCACCUCUAGCUCCACCUCUAGCUCUACCUCUACUGCUAGCCCCACUUCAACCACGAAUUCCGUGUCGAGCAUCACUAGCCCCAGCACUCGCCUGCCCAAGUCGAGUCCGACACUAAGCUAUACCUACCAGCCGCACGUUCUGACCGGUUCUGCUGAUAUCCAAGCGGCCUCCAAGACGACUGCUGCCGCUGCCGCUGCGUCCACAUCUUCCGCCACUGGCGGUGCUACCAGUGCCACCGUCUCUAUGCUGACCCUGGCCUUUGGCGCCAUUGCCGCCAUGGUCGUGAACAUCUAA